CGGCCCCGGGGGAUGCGCCGCCCCGAGCCGCUGCCUCCGCCGCCGCCGCAGCCUCAGCCGCAGCGGGCACAGAGCAGGUAAAUGGCCCCCCAAGGGCAGGCCCUGCGGACACCCCUCCCUCGGGCUGGCGGAUGCAGUGCCUAGCGGUCGCUCUUAAAGACGAAACCAACAUGAGUGGGGGAGGGGAGCAGGCCGACAUCCUGCCGGCCAACUACGUGGUCAAGGACCGCUGGAAGGUGCUCAAGAAGAUCGGGGGCGGGGGCUUUGGUGAGAUCUACGAGGCCAUGGACCUUCUGACCAGGGAGAACGUGGCCCUCAAGGUGGAGUCAGCCCAGCAGCCCAAACAGGUCCUCAAGAUGGAGGUGGCCGUGCUCAAGAAGCUGCAAGGGAAAGACCACGUGUGCAGGUUCAUUGGCUGUGGCAGGAACGAGAAGUUUAACUACGUAGUGAUGCAGCUUCAGGGCCGGAACCUGGCUGACCUGCGCCGCAGCCAGCCGCGAGGCACCUUCACGCUGAGCACCACGCUGCGACUGGGCAAGCAGAUCCUGGAGUCCAUCGAGGCCAUCCACUCUGUGGGCUUCCUGCACCGUGACAUCAAGCCAUCGAACUUUGCCAUGGGCAGGCUGCCCUCCACCUACAGAAAGUGCUACAUGUUGGACUUCGGACUGGCCCGGCAGUACACCAACACCACGGGGGAUGUUCGGCCCCCCCGGAAUGUGGCUGGGUUUCGAGGGACUGUUCGCUACGCCUCGGUAAAUGCCCACAAGAACCGGGAGAUGGGCCGCCAUGAUGAUCUGUGGUCCCUCUUCUACAUGCUGGUGGAGUUUGCAGUGGGCCAGCUGCCCUGGAGGAAGAUCAAGGACAAGGAGCAGGUGGGGAUGAUCAAGGAGAAGUAUGAGCACCGGAUGCUGCUGAAGCACAUGCCCUCCGAGUUCCACCUCUUCCUGGACCACAUCGCCAGCCUCGACUACUUCACCAAGCCCGAUUACCAGUUAAUCAUGUCGGUGUUUGAGAACAGCAUGAAGGAGCGAGGCAUCGCUGAGAAUGAGGCCUUUGACUGGGAGAAGGCGGGCACCGACACCCUCCUGUCCACAAGCACCUCCACCCCGCCCCAGCAGAACACCCGGCAGACGGCAGCCAUGUUUGGGGUAGUCAACGUGACACCAGUGCCUGGGGACCUGCUCCGGGAGAACACAGAGGAUGUGCUGCAGGGAGAGCACCUGAGCGACCAGGAGAAUGCACCCCCGAUCCUGCCCGGGCGUGGCCCUGAGGGACUGGGCUCCAGCCCUCACCUUGUCCCCCACCCCGGGGGGCCUGAGGCCGAGGUCUGGGAGGAGACAGAUGUCAACCGGAACAAGCUCCGGAUCAACAUCGGCAAAACCCCCUGUGUGGUGGAGGAGGAGCAGAGCCGAGGUGUGGGGGUCCCCAGCUCUCCGGUGCGUGCCCCUCCAGACUCCCCGACAACCCCAGUCCGCUCUCUACGCUACCGGAGGGUCAACAGCCCUGAGUCGGAGAGGCUGUCCACAGCAGAUGGGCGGGUGGAACUGCAUGAGAGGAGGUCCCGAAUGGAUCUGCCCGGCUCACCCUCACGCCAGGCCUGCUCCUCGCAGCCAGCCCAGAUGCUGUCAGUGGACACGGGCCACGUCGACCGGCAGGCCAGUGGCCGCAUGGACGUGUCAGCCUCUGUGGAGCAGGAGGCCCUGAGCAACGCCUUCCGCUCAGUGCCGCUGGCCGAGGAAGAGGACUUCGACAGCAAGGAGUGGGUCAUCAUUGACAAGGAGACAGAGCUCAAGGACUUCCCCCCCGGGGCCGAGCCCAGCACUUCGGGCACCACAGACGAGGAGCCCGAGGAGCUGCGGCCACUGCCAGAGGAGGGUGAGGAGCGGCGGCGGCCCGGGGUGGAGUCUGUCGUCCGGCCCCGGGGGCGCGGCAUGCAGACUCUGGCCGAGGAGGACCCACGGCAGACACAGCCCCAGCCCCUGCCACCCCAGCUGAGCCAGGCCGACGGCAGGUCGGAGACAUCGCAGCCACCCACGCCUGGCAGCCCUUCCCACUCGCCCCUGUACUCGGGACCCCGCCCUCGACGGAGAGAGUCAGACCCCACAGGCCCACAGAGACAGGUGUUCUCCAUGGCACCCCUGUUUGAGGUGAACGGCCUCCCACGAGCUGUGCCGCUGAGCCUGCCCUACCAGGACUUCAAGAGAGAUCUCUCCGACUACCGGGAGCGGGCACGACUCCUCAGCAGGGCCCGGAGGGUGGGCUUCUCGCACAUGCUGCUUGGCACCUCCCAAGUCCCGCUGGCUCCUGUUCAGCCUCAGGCCAACGGGAAAGAGGAAGAGGAGGAGGAGGAGGAGGAAGAAGAGGAAGAGGAGGAGGAAGAGGAGGAGGAGGAAGAAGAGGAGGAAGAGGAGGAAGAGGAGGAGGAGGAAGAAGAGGAGGAGGAGGAGGAAGAGGAGGAGGCGGCAGUGGCUCUGGGGGAGGCACUGGGGCCGCACAGCGGCUCCAGCAGUGAGGAGAGUGAGAGGAGCACCGACCGAAGCCAAGAGGGUGCCCCGUCCACGCUGCUGGCCGACGACCAGAAGGAGUCCAGGGGCCGGGCCUCCGUGGCCGACGGGGACCUGGAGCCUGAGGAGGGCUCCAAAACACUGGUGCUUGUCUCCCCUGGCGACAUGAAGAAGUCGCCCGUCACUGCUGACCUGGCCCCCGACCCUGACCUGGGCACCCUGGCUGUCCUCACGCCUCAGCACGAGCGGCCCCAGCCUACCGGCAGCCAGCUGGACGUGUCUGAGCCAGGCACCCUGUCCUCCGUCCUCAAGUCUGAGCCUAAGCCUCCGGGGCUUGGGGCAGGGCCAGGGGCAGGGGCAGUGGCCACAGGGGCCGGGGGAGCAGCAGUCACCUCCUCACCCUUCACCAAAGUCGAGAGGACCUUUGUGCACAUCGCAGAGAAAACCCACCUCAACGUCAUGUCUUCCGGUGGGCAGGCCUCGCGGCACGAGGAGCUGGGCACUGGGGUGGAGCUGGGCCUGGAAGUGCCCUCGGAUGGGAGGCCUACAGAGGAGGGGGUCCCCAUGCCCCUGGAAAACGGCAUUGCCCUGUCAGGGAUGGAUGGGACAGAGACUGAGGGCUACGGCCUGUCCGCUCCCCCCAGGGACACCCCCUCGGAGGUGGCCACCGACUCACUGCCCAAUGGCUCAGCCCUUGCUGAUGGGCCAGCCCCAGCGUCCCUGCUGGAGCUAGGCCCUGAGAAACUGUACACUGUCUCCCCUAGUCGCCAUGCCAUGCCAGGCCCUUGCCCAAGGAGCCGUAUCCCCGUCCUGUUGUCUGAGGAGGACACGGGCUCGGAGCCUUCAGGCUCGCUGUCAGCCAAAGAGCGGUGGGUCAAGAGGGCACGGCCGCAGCAGGACCUGGCGCGGCUGGUGAUGGAGAAGAGGCAGGGCCGGCUGCUGCUGCGGCUGGCCUCGGGGGCCUCAUCUUCCUCCAGCGAGGAGCCACGCCGCGCCUCUGAGACGCUCUCGGGCACGGGCUCUGAGGAGGACACCCCAACCUCCGAGCCCGCGGCACCCAGGAAGGCCGGGCGGGCAGCUGCCACCCGGAGCCGGAUCCCCCGCCUCAUCAGCAUCCGCAUGUCCACAACUGCCGCAGCCCAGCAGCCCCCCAGAAGACCCCAGGAUGUGGCUCCAGCAUCAGACACAGCCAUCACCAGCAGGCUCCAGCUGCAGAAACCCCUAGGGUCGGCUAUGGCUGCUGACCUCCGCCCCAAACAGCCCGCAAGCCGCGGUCCCGGCCCAGGCCGAGCCCGUGCCGGCGCCAGACCCCCCAGCCACGCCCCUGCCCCCCGCAGUCCCGGCCUCCCCACCGCCACCGCCACCGCCACCUCCGCUGCGCGCAAUUCCAGCGCGUCCCCGCGGAGGCAGUCCCUGUCCCGCAAGGAGAGCCCCUCCCCAUCGCACCAGGCUCGGCCCAGGGCCCCCCCAUCCCGGGGAGCCCCGCAGGUCCGGGCUCGGCCGGACGGCACCCCCUCUCCAGGGGGUCCCAAGAAAGGACCCAGAGGGAAACUCCAGACUCAGAGCGCAGCAACCAAAGGCCGGGCAGGCGUCGCCGAGGGCCGGGCCGGGGCCAGAUAAUGACGCCCGCGACUCUCCGCGCCCGGCCGGACUGGCCCUCCCCGGCCCCCCGACCCUUACACCCCGGCCUCCCACCCGCAGCCGGCCACACUGGAACAGCUCCCAGCACAGCCUUACGCGCCUGACGCGCGCCACCCGCGGCCCCAGCUUCCCGCCUGCACACGCGAGGACGCGCGCGACCACGCGCCGACUCCUCCCCCUCGCCCGGCUGGUGGGGGGCGCCGCGCCGCGCGGGGGAGGAGCCGCCUCCCCUUCCUUCCCCUCUGCUCGCGACUCCUGCCGCCCCGCCGGUGGGGUGGGCCCACACGGUUUCUUCCUCCCCGGGAAGGCUCAGCCACAUCUCACCCAGGACUCCACUUCUCGAGAUGCCCUAUUCACCCACUAGGCCUCGGCUGCUCCUCGUGCUCCCGCAGGGACCUCUGCUUACACCGCCCGCGGCGCCUUUCACUGCUCCUGACCCUCUGCCAGCCAAAGCCGCCCCCGCCCCCUUUUCAGAGAAAGCAGCCUCAAAUUCCAGAAGUGGAGGCACCUGGGGGCCACACUACAGUCCCCUGGAGCGUGGUGGCCCGGGAGGCGGCUUCUCAGCUGCCAGCCUGGGAGUAGGGGUGCGGUGUGUGGCCAGGGCCAUUGGUGUACUCGGGUUGGUCAGCUCCAUCCUGGAUGUCCCCGUGGGACCCAGUGGGCAGACGAUUCUUGGGGGUGGGGGUGGGGAUCCCCUACAUCUCUAGCGUGCAGUGAUCCCUCCCCUAAUUUUGUGUGGGCUCUUAGUAGGAACUUUUCCAGUGUGUCAGCUACCUUCUUGGGUGAGCAAUUCCCAGUGGGAAGUUGGAGGGGGGCUUUAAAAGAGGUUUCAUCUCCUCCCUUGGUCCCUUGAUUUAGUGCUCAGGACCCCUCACCAUCAGGAAUUCCUUCUUGCCAUUGAGCCUGAGUCCUGCCUACUGCUGUGUCAGUGACUUCCUCCUCUCCUGAGUCCCGUGGCUGUGGGGAAUGGCUGGCUCUUAUCUCCUCUGUGCUGGGCCUUGGGAGAUUCAGAGACUCAGUUUUGGCUGGAUUUUCCUGCUCUCGGGGCUGUGGAGAGGGGACUAGGUCAGGCCACCACCUUCCCCAGUGGUCAGAGGGGGCAAAGACAGGCAGACAGAUAUGCAGCUGGUCCCCAGACUUGAGGCAGAAAGGCCCUUCUAACUUCCAGAUUAUAUGCUUGUGUGAUGAGCCCCAGUCCCAAGCGUCCCCCCUCCAGCUCACCCUUCAGCCCACCCCUCUUGCCCUCCCUGCAGCCCAUGCAGCCAAGCUGUUCCUGCAGAUGCCGAGGACAGCACUGCUCCAUGAAUUGGUGAGGGGCCUCCUCCCGGGUUCUGGCUCCCACAUAGCUCACCCACCUCAUCAGGAGUCUGAUCUGCCUAAGUCUGGGUCAGGCAACACACUGGCUGCAGAGAGGACAGCCAACAUUAUCUAUCUGGGAUAGGCCCCCUGCAGGCCUCUUCCGUUCUCAGCACCUGCAGCCUCUGCCCAUGGCCUGUCCCCUCUGUCUCCCUGGGCCCCAGAGAGCAAGCCGAGACACCCAGAGGAAGAGGAAGUCCCCAGCAUGCCCCAGCUGCCUGGCAUAUCCAGCCACCAUCACCCAGAAGGAGGCCCAGGAGGAAGGAUCCCAGGAGCCGCCUGGUGGUGCCAGCUGCACCCCUUGUGGGCAGUCAGCAGGCUCGGGCAGUGCUUCUAGGCCAAGGUGGUGGCUUCCAUGCAGACCAACCCAGGGGAGGACUCAAGAGUGGAUAGUCUUUGAAGUCCACCCCAUGCUGACGCAGAAGCACCCAGAACACUCAGGAAACCUCUCCGGACAGAGCCCUCCUUGUCAACCUGAGGCUCUCCCAAGGCCUCUCCUGCCCUCUGGAUCCAGCAGCAGGGGUGGAGGAGGGGCCACUCCCUCCCACCCAGAGCUUCUUGGAAUUACAAUCAGCUCAUGCCAGGUGGGGACCAGGGCAUGACCUCUGGUGCCCAGGGGCUGGGCCUGCUCCUUGCCACCAACCGAACCGUGAAUGUAGGGCCCCAGCCUCACUCCUGCCCCAGGACCAACAACACCCUGGUUUUGGAGUUGGGAGGAAGAGGGGGAGCCUGAGAGAGCCCCAGGCCCACCCCCCACCCCCAGCUUCACCCAGCACUGGAGCUGGACAGAGACACAAAACCCCAUUAGCCCUUGGGAUUUCAGACUUCCCUGGGGCUCCCAACUGACCUCAGGCCUCUGUGUCAUUGUCACUGGAGUGACUAGGCAAAGAGGUUGAGGGGGGUGUCAAGGGGACUGACUCUGCUCCUGUCCCCAGGGAGGAUCCAGGGCAGAGGAAACCACAUCUCCCAGCACCCCCGUCCCCAGCUGCAGCCUCUUCCCCCAUAAGCAUCCAUCCCCCCCACCAGGCCCUCCCUGUCCUGAGCCCCUCCUUAUAAAAGAGGGUCACCCUUGCACUUCCCCAUUACGACAGCCUGUGUCACUGGCUCAGAUGUGAGGUCCGCUCACCCAGAACAUGCCAGCCCUCCCCCACCUCACUGUGCAAGAAGGGAAUGCAGGAGAGGGGCCGUGCCCUUGGCAUUGGGCUCCCUGCUUCCCAGCUCCUUGAAGGGGCCUGUCUUGCUCAGUCUUCUCAGCUCCGAGGACUAGCCCUGAGGGGCAUGGGGUGGGGACAGAGAGUCACCCUCCUCCAGGAAACCACCCAAGAAUGUUUACACGCCAAACAGAAUGUAACCCCCCUUCCCCCUCCCAUCACUGCAUGGCCUCUGCCCAUCCCGCGCCUGUCCAUCCCCACUCCACAUCCCGGAAGCCGCUGUCAUGAUUAGAUAGGGUAUCGGAAGGGGAGUAGCCAUCACACCAUUAAAAAGCCUGUGGACCUUUC